GUGUUCACUGUUCAGGCAAAUAAAAGAAAUAACUAAAUAAUGAAAAGUAUGUUAUAAAAAAUGGUUCAUCAGCUAUUAUUUGCCUAAAAUUAUUGAAAAUGUGGACAGUCUAACUGACGCAACACACAUGUCAGCAUCGGUUUUAUGAUACCGGCGCUCCAGUGAGGUAUGGAAAUGUCCCACCAGGGAGGGGCGGAGGCCGAGAGCCUGCUACGGACAGAUAGGAGCACAAUCAUGCCGCAGAAUAAACGUUGGGACGCCAGCGAGGGCGAAAAGGCGCCCUUCCUGCGCAAUGAACCGGUUAAGUUGACACCCGCGUGGGAGGGCUCCAACCUGCCCAAUGACACGCUCAAUUUGAAAGGUAUAGCUAUGGACCUAGUGCCGCCAAAGGACAAAUGGAACCUCAUAUACUUCACGCUGAUGCUGCACGGUCUUGGCACGUUGACCGCGUGGAACAUGUUCAUAACGGCCAAGGACUAUUUCGUGGACUAUAAACUCGUGAAUGCACCGGGAUAUGCGACGGAUUUCAUGACUUACGUAGGGUGGGCGGCGCAAGUGCCGAAUUUGUUGUUCAGCUGGUUCAACAUUUUUGUUAAGACUGGCGGUAACCUAACAACACGAAUCGUGUGGUCACUCUGCAUGGAGGUGCUUGUAUUCGUGGUGACGGUUGUAUUGGCGAUGUUGGACAGCACCGAGUGGCCAGAAGUGUUCUUUUGGCUCACUAUGGUGUCGGUGUUCUUUUUAAAUGGUUUCAACGCAGUGUUCCAAAACUCUGUAUUUGGUGUGGCUGCUCGAUUACCCCCUCAAUACACAGGAGCAGUGAUACUAGGGUCCAAUAUAGCUGGGACCCUCAUAGUGUUUCUAAAUUGGGGCUCCGAUGCGUUUACAAAGAGCCCCCGGACCUCGGCUAUAUACUACUUCAUAUGUGGAAUGUUUGUGCUGCUCAUUUGUUUUGAUACAUAUUUCGCUCUGCCCUUGAAUAGAUUCUACCGUUACCACGAAACAUUACAAGAGAGAACGCUACGAGUCAACCCAACUUUAGCGUCAACGAACCAAAACGCUGGUCCCGUUAAGAAUAAGAUCCCAUAUGGAAUUAUAUUCAGACAAGCGUUUUUACAAUUGUACAAUGUGUUUAUUGUGUUCUUCGUGACUCUGACUGUCUUCCCCGCUGUACAUUCUGACAUUAAACCAAUGACGCCAGGUUUCCUCGGCAAUAACUUUGUUCGAUUGACAUGUUUCUUGACGUUCAAUGUUACCGCUAUGAUUGGAAGUGCAACGGCCAGUCUUUUCCAAUUUCCUGGUCCUCGCUGGCUUUCAGUAUUCACAACGCUACGUAUCCUAUUCAUACCCCUAUUCCUACUAUGUAACUACCAUCCGCUGGGCAGAACGAGGACGCUGCCAGUUAUGGUGAACAACGAUUGGGUGUAUUGGUUGCUCGCUGUGCUAUUAGGAUGGAGUUCAGGUCAUGGUAGCUCGCUGGGCAUGAUGUAUGUUAGCGGCACGGUAGCACCAGAACACGCGCCAACAGCUGGCAUGUUGGGCGGGGCCAUGCUAAUUACUGGCAUUGUAGCUGGUAUCACAUUUUCACGGUUCUGCCCCGCUAUUGUUUCCCUAGCCAUGUGGAACAACAUGUAGCGCUUACUCCCGUACUUUCGAACAUUCUGGAAUGUUCUCACCCACAACUGAUGUGUGAAGUGAUCUGUGAAAUGUAACAGUGAUUGUGAAGUGACAGUGAUAAGUAACAGUGAAAUAGCAGAGUAGCAGUGAUAUUUGUGCUACGAAGGUAUGUGGAUUGUUGAAGUAGUGUUGUGUAGAGAUAGAUGUUAUUGUUGAUUGAUUGAUACAGGUUAUAAUAGUUUAUGGGUUAAAUGAUGACACUAAAUUAUUAAAAAGGAUUGUUACUGUGUUUGCAAAACCUGUUUUUAAUGUUGUUUUCUUAUUUUGAAAUAUAUGAGUUGCGUAUGUGCACGCAAAAGGUAUAUAGGUUUUGCAUGCAGAGUAAUGGUAACAAGUUAAAAAUUAAGAUUUUUAAUGACAUAGUAAUACCUAGUUAGUAUGAUCAUAAUUAAUUUGAUUGUUUCAAUUGACAAUGUAUUAAUUAUAAUUUGAAUUGACUA